UGAUGAUGGAUUAUUGAAUAAUCAUUGUUUUUUCAUGCAUGGGUGAAAAGGCCUUUGUGCCAAGUUUUGAAAUAUCCUCAGUAACUGAACAACAAGUCAAGUCAAGUAACAAGUAACAAGUCAACUGAUCCUAUUGUGCAAUCAGGUAUUAAAUCAUCAUGUAAUUGGGACUGGGGAUUAAAUUCUGGUCAUAUAACACAAGUUUCAUAUUUAUAUCUACUAAGAAAAAAGAUUUAAUUUUAAGUGUUCAUCAAUAUCCUUGAUGGUUCAGUUUGACAAAAAGGAAGUGGCAUAAACAGUGAAGUCAUUUCAAUAAGUCACAAUCAUUGCCUGUCAUCUUAUGAAAGAUUGCUGUAAAAGGGACUAAAUUUUGAGAUAUUUUAGCAUCUAACUGAUUUCCUCCAAGAAUUUUGUGUGUUACAGAAUGUUAAGCAACUAAGUAAAAAUAGUUUUAAUUGCUAUUUUAUUAUUAGGAAUUACUGUUCAUGAUAUCAACAUACAGCUUCAGAAAAAAACUAUUCUUUGCAUAUAAUGUUAGACAUUAUAUUUGCAGUGCUGUUCAGUGAGUCCAUACAUGGCUCCAGUCAUUCAGUGCAACUGGACCAAGGACAUGCUACAAUUAGAGAUUCUACCAAGCAACCUGCUGAUGAAUAUGGAACAAUUUAUGUCAACUUCAACGUACCAUAUGGAGACAAUUCUGGGGUAGAUGCUAGAUCAUUAAAUGAGUUACCCCAGCCAGAAGAAAUGGAAGGUGAUGUGCUAUGUGAGUUGUGCCACUUGACUUUGCCCACAAAGAAAUGUUUAGAAUAUCAUACAGCUUUGGUGCAUAAUAAAUUCUGUGAUGUAUGCAGGGAAAGGAUUGAUGAUGACCCAGACCCUGGUAACCAUGGCAGGAAGCACAUUGGGUGCAAACCUAUACACUGUGACCACUGUUUCAAGGGCUUCCAGACUGAAAGUGGCCUCAAAUUGCAUCUAAGUAAACCACUGAUGUGCAAGAUCUGUUUUAAAACAUUCAAGAGCAAUUAUAAAAGCCAACAUAUGAAGAGUCACACGUUGGGAGAGAAGUGAACAACCACUGUUGGGAGAGCAACCACAGCAAUACAAUAUACGCUUUGCGUCAAAUUGUAUUUGAUUAUAUGUAACAUGUUAAAAUUGGAAAAAAUGAAAUUUUAAAUGUUAAGGAUUGCCUGUGACUUUACUUAGAUUAUUGCUCCAUUUCAAAUGAUGUCUUAAAUAUACAAUUUGUAAAUCACAAUUUUAUUUGUCCUUAAAAUUCCG